CAGUACACAACUGGUACUUAAUUUAUCAAUCCCGAAAGGAUGAAAGUCAGUCGACCUCAGCAGAAUUUGAACUCAGAACAUAAAGACAGAUGAAUUACUGCUAAGCAUUUCGCCCAGUGUACUAAUGUUUCUGCCAGCUCGCCACCUUCUAUAAAGAAUAUAUUAAAUGUCCUAUGUGUUUGUCUGUGUGGGAUGCUCUUGUGUAUGAGAUAUUUUUGAAGCAGCUAACUUCAAACACUUAUAUUUAUAUAAAUUUUAUAUGGGUUGCCUUGCAAGUGGAAUUUUAGGAACUAUAUUGAAUUUGUUACGAAUAAGUCUUCAGGAAAAUUCUGAAUUUUUGGUUUAUAACAGAUUGCUUCCAAUAACACAUAUUAUGGCAAGUUUUCUAUCACUACUAUUAUUUGAAUUCCAUACGACAGCUGAACAUAACAUUUGGAUUGCCGCAGUUCAAUUAGUAUCUUUACUUGGAAAUUUUACCAAACGGAAAGGAAAUGAAGAAUAGUGUUUUACACUAAAA